AUGUGGUGGCUUGCCUUAAUGAUGUUUACAUCUCCGGCUUUCCCAUUCAUCUUUUUUGUGUGCAUGGGGUUAUCCGAGGCGGCUCAUUCCUACGAUGCCCUGCCUUUAGUAAUAAGGAAAUCUCGUUCAAUCGCUGGAGAUCAUCCAAAUACGAGCGCGAGCGGGUUUCCAGGGGACCGGCUCGGUAUUGUCGCAUUAACACCAGCGCCCUCGAUCGCGUCCGCUAGAAAACCGAUAAAUGUCGCAGCACCAGCAGCCACCAUUAUACCCCCAACAACGGAGCCCACCACCCCAUCUCUGUCUAAUCCCAGCUACAUGGCCGCAUCUGCUCGGAGGAAGCUCAGCUCUGUUGAAACCCAGAUGAUAGAAGCGCAGAUGUCUGAUAAUGAAGCGGACAGAUCGGGCGUCGUGCCCGACUUCAGCACAACCUCUGACAGUUCUCAAGAGCCGGUGUGUAACUGCAGUGGUGAAGGAGUGUCGGACCCUGACGAGUGUGACCGUGACACGGGUCAGUGUGACUGUAUGCCGGGUUACACCGGGCUGCAGUGUGAAGAGUGUGAGGAAGAUCACUUCACCAACGGCUCCAUCGGCUGCCUGCCCUGCGCAUGCGACUCCUUCGGUGCCGACGGCUCCAGCUGUGACAGCUCAGGGCUGUGUAAGUGUAAGACGGGUGUAUACGGGCCCAAGUGUGACGACUGCCACCCUGGAUUCUUUCACUUCAGCAGCACAGGAUGCCAACCGUGCCAAUGCAACAACCACUCUACCUACUGCCACCCUCAGUCAGGUAUUUGUUUGGACUGUCAGGAUAACACUCAGGGCCACAACUGUGAGGAGUGUCUGCCCAACUUCUACCGGCGUCAUGGUGAGGGGUCCUCGGACACCUGUCUGCCUUGUCCCUGCUCCUCGGAGAGCUCCAGCGGCAGCUGCCAUCUCGAUUCCAGUGGACGGCCUGUAUGUGACCAAUGUAAGCCUGGCUUCUCCGGCCCGACAUGCAGCGUGUGCACGGACGGUUUAUUUAAAUCCGCAGGCGUGUGUGUGCCCUGCGACUGUAACGGGAACGCCGACCCUCGCUCCAUGCCACAAAUCUGCCACCCCGAGACUGGCCAUUGCCACCGCUGCAUCAACCACACAGCGGGAGCACACUGUGAGAUCUGCACUCGUGGAUACACGGGGGACGCCCGCUACCACAACUGCACCCUGAGAGCUGUGAGAAUCCUCCCGACUCAAGACAUCAAGACCUCCACUGCAGAAAUCCCCAAAUCCACAAGUUCUAUUGCUUCUACACCUGCUUCCCGCCUCCUCACUUCCUCCUCUUCCCCUACCACCCACCCAAGCCUACCGACCCUUCAGUCAGGAAUGGGAGACUCCUCAGGACACAACAGCACGGCCUCUGCCCUGACAGUAGUGUCCUGGACGCAGUUUAACAUCAUCAUCUUGGCCGUCAUCAUCGUGGUUGUCGUUCUUCUCAUGGGCUUCGUGGGAGGUGUGUUUACGUAUCGUGAGUACCGCAAUCGGAAACUGAAUGCCCCGUUUUGGACCAUUGAGCUGAAGGAAGACAACAUCAGCUUCAGCAGUUACCACGACAGCAUCCCACACGCUGACCCCAAUGGACUAUUGGAGGAGGAGCCUUGUGUGGUCGCAGCCAAUGGGCAGUUAGCACUCGCCACUGCCGCCAACAUGUACAAAGCGUGAUGUCGUCAGUAUGAUUGUAUCUUUUCUUAAAGGGAUAGUCCAGCCAAAAAUGGACAUUCUGUUAUCAUUUUCUCAUUCUCAUGUAGUUCCAAACCUGACUUUUUUUCAUUGGAAUGUAAAAGAAAAUAUUUUGAGAAUCCGAAACUAAAUUUGACGUUUUUAGCAUUCCACUGAAGAAACAAAGUCAUAGACGUUUGGGAAGAUAUUAAAGGGAUAGUUUACCUAAAAAUGAAAAUUCUUAUAUUAACUUCUCACGCUCGUGUCGUUCCAAACUUACAAGACCUUUGUUUACCUUUGGAAUACAAAUGAAGAUAUUUUUAGUGAAAUUCAAGAGUUUUCUGACCCUGCAUAGACAGCAAUGUAACUACCACGUUCAAGGCCUAGAAAUUUAGGAAGGACAUUGUUAAAAUAGUCCAUCUGACAACAGUGGUUCAACCGUAAUUUUAUAAAGCUAAGAGAGUACUGUUUGUGCAGAAAGAAAACGUCUCAGGUUACAAAUGUAACCUUGGUUCCCUGAGAACAGGGAACGAGACAAUACGUCAACGACGCUAUGGGGAACGCCUCAGG